AGAGGAGCCCAGAGGAGCCUGACACCUGAGAGCUCCGCUCAAAGCCUACAGUUCAUUUCAGAACAAGGAAAACUCGCCUCGCUUCUUUGCGGAUAUGCGUCGGAAAAGAGGGAACACCUCCAUCGGUGGGACAUAAACUUCACCCUUUAUUGGCAUCUAUCGGCGAAGAUCUACUGAAAGGGUCUGCUGUAUUUAAAAAAGUAAAUAAAAUCUAUUUCAUGGACGGCUCCAGAUGACUCCUGGACUCAGGCGGCGGGUUGCGCUCAGCAUCUAUAAGGAUCUCUGAUGGAGAAAACACCGAGGCGGAGGAUAGGAGCCCCUCUGACUGUGCUGCUGUGGACCUUUGGGGCAUCGUUUCUCCUCAGGGACUCGGAGGGCCAGCGGACUUUUAAUGACCUGACGGGCUUCAGUUUGAAUCCGCCCUACUUUAACCUGGCAGAGCGCUCCAGCAUAUCUGCGACAGCAACCUGCGGCCAGGAGGAGACUGGCGCACCGAGAUCUGAUUUUUACUGUAAACUUGUCGGCGGACCGACUCUGGGUCCUCCUACUCAAAACAUACAUGGUCAGCAUUGUGACUACUGCACAUCCGCGGAGCCAAGCAAAGCCCACCCGGUGAACAACGCAAUAGAUGGCACAGAGAGGUGGUGGCAGAGCCCACCUCUCUCCAGGGGAACCAUCUACAAUCAAGUCAAUGUUACCCUGGACCUCGGGCAGGUCUUCCAUGUGGCGUAUGUCCUAAUCAAGUUUGCUAAUUCACCUCGUCCUGACCUUUGGGUGCUGGAGCGCUCUGUGGACAAUGGGAGAACAUUCACCCCCUGGCAGUACUUUGCUCAUUCCAAACGGGAGUGUAUUGAAAUAUUUGGAAAACAGCCAAAUGGUCGUGUUUUGAGUGAUGACGACCAAAUCUGCACCACGGAGUAUUCACGGAUCAUUCCUUUGGAAAAUGGAGAGAUUGUAGUUUCUCUGAUCAACGGCCGGCCAGGCUCCAAAAACUUCACCUACUCACCAGUGCUCCGUGACUUUACGAAAGCCACAAACAUCCGUCUGCACUUCCUUCGUACAAACACUCUCCUAGGUCACCUGAUCUCCAAAGCCCAAAAAGACCCCACCGUCACACGGAGGUAUUUUUACAGUAUCAAGGAUAUCAGUAUUGGUGGACGCUGUGUUUGCAAUGGGCACGCCCAAGUUUGUGAUGCAGGUCGGAAUCCAGAGAACCCAAACAGACUCCAGUGCGAGUGCCAACACAACACCUGUGGCGAGUCAUGUGACCACUGCUGUCCAGGCUUUAACCAGAAGCCGUGGCGUGCUGCUACUGUUGACAGCCCCAACGAGUGUCAGCCCUGCCAGUGUUUCUCCCAUGCCUCUGACUGUUAUUACGACCCAGAGGUUGAAAAGAGGGGAGCAAGUUUGGACACCUUCGGUAGGUACAGUGGAGGAGGAGUCUGCAUCGGCUGCCAGCACAACACUGCAGGAAUAAACUGUGAGAGAUGCAUUGAAGGCUUCUACAGACCACAUGGAGUGCCUCCCGAGUCUCCGAUUGGAUGUAUACCUUGUAGCUGUGAUGAAAGGAUAACAGAUGGCUGUGAGAUGGGGUCUGGAAGGUGUAUCUGCAAGCCACAAUUUGCUGGAGAAAACUGCGAUCGCUGUUCCGAUGGACAUUUUUACUACCCAGAGUGCUUUACUUAUCCUGUGUACUUGACAACUGAAUCACCUGCAGGCCCUAUAGUGGGACCCACUGCCUGCCCCCCAGGCUAUUUCAACUCCCCUACAUGUCAACCAUGCAUGUGUGACUACAGAGGGACAAUUCAUGUUGUAUGUAAUGUUUAUGGGCGCUGCCUUUGCCGUCGGGGAGUGAAGGGAGAGCGAUGCGACCAGUGUGAACCUGGAUACCACUCCUUCCCAAACUGUCAGGCAUGCCGCUGUGGUGGAGCUGGAGUGGCUGAGAGCAUAUGCAGUCCGAAUGGUCAGUGUAACUGCCUCCUUAACUACCAGGGCAGUGAGUGUGACCAGUGUGCACCAGGUUUCUAUGGAUAUCCAGACUGUGUUGCAUGCAUGUGUGACUACAGAGGGACAACUCAUGCUGUAUGUGAUGUUUAUGGGGGCUGCCUUUGCCGUCGGGGAGUGGAGGGAGAGCGAUGCGACCGGUGCGAACCUGGAUACCACUCCUUCCCAAACUGCCUGGCAUGCCGCUGUGGUGGAGCUGGAGUGGCUGAGAGCAUAUGCAGUCAGAAUGGUCAGUGUAACUGCCUCCCUAACUACCAGGGCAGUGAGUGUGACCAGUGUGCACCAGGUUUCUAUGGAUAUCCAGACUGUGUUGCCUGUCGGUGUUCACCAGAAGGUUCAUAUGGAUCUGCAUGUAAUCCCUUAUCGGGUCAAUGCCUGUGUCUGCCAGGCGUGGUAGGCCAGCAGUGUGAUCGCUGUGUGUCUGGACUAAGGUUUCCUCAAUGCUCAGAGUCCAUCAGUUUUUGUAACCCAGAUGGAACAGAGGUGUCCAGUCCUCAAACAGGGGCCUGCCAAUGCCGAGCAAAUGUAGAAGGAAGGUUGUGUGACAGGUGUAAACCUCUCUACUGGAAUCUAGCUGCAGAAAACUCUAAUGGAUGUACAGAAUGUCAUUGUGAUCUGAGAGGGACACUGAGCGGUGUUGGGGAAUGUGAGCAGAGAAGAGGGCAGUGCCACUGUAAGCCAAGUGUGUGUGGCCUUGCAUGCGACUCUUGCAAAGAGGGAUACUUCCUACUGCAAAAAAAGAGAUAUUUUGGCUGUCAGGCCUGUCAGUGUGAUUUAGGAGGUGCUGUGGGCAUGGCAUGUGAUCAGACGUCUGGACAGUGUCAGUGUCGGAAGAAUGUAAUUGGCCGUACAUGCAAAGAGCCUGCCCCAGGUUACUUCUUCCCAUCUUUACAUCAGCUGAAGUUUGAGGUAGAGGAUGGCACAACACCAAACGCUCGACCAGUCCGCUUUGGUUUUAACCCCCAAGAGUUCCCAGGAUUCAGCUGGAGAGGUUAUGCUAUAAUGACACCUGCACAGCCGGAGGUGAUUCUAAUGCUUAGCCUUGGCUUUCCUGGACCCUUCCACAUUAUAUUACGCUACUCCUUUCUACAAAAAAAGGAGAGAGUCCGAGUGAAAGCCCGGAUCUUGGUGGUGGAUGAAGCUGACUCUGAGGCUUGCUGUGAUUGGGAAGGUCAAAGUAAGGAAGUGAUAUUUCCUCCAACUUCAUCCCCCGCCUUUGUCACCGUCCCAGGAGAGGGCUUCACUGAGCCCUUUGAAUUAAAUCCUGGAAAGUGGAUCAUUCAUAUAAGGGCUGAGGGAAUCCUCUUGGAUUAUUUAGUGCUGGUGCCUCAAGAUUACUACGAGGCCUUUCUGCUGCAGGAAGAGGUCACUCAGCCGUGCACAUACUUACACACUGCAAACAGGGAGGAAAAAUGCCUGCUGUACAAGCACAUCAACAUGGAUGGUUUCAGCUCUGUGCUCGCCACUCAGGGCAGAUUGUCCCCCCGGAAUGGGCGGAGGAAGAGGAGGUUGGCUCGUAUGCGGCGUCUUACUCCAGAUCACCCAGACAUGGCAACUGUCAAUGGGAGACAGUCUCGCCUGGAGCUCAGCAUUCGUGUCCCUCAUGCGGGCCUUUAUGCCCUCAUUCUGGAGUAUACCAGUGAGAUGGAAACUAUCCAGAAUGUCAACAUACUCCUAAGCAGUCAGUCAGGGAGUCAGAUCUUGGCUAGAGCAAAUAUUUACACAUGUGUUUUCAGUUUUUUGUGCCGGAGUGUGGCGGUGGACAGCAGAAAUCAAGUGGCCAUGCUGCAGCUCUCUCACAGGACGGAGAUUGUUCUACAUACUUCCACAUCUUCAUUCCUUUUGUACAAGCUGUAUACGGUGCCUGCAGAGGAGUUUUCCCUGGACUAUGUGGAGCCCAAAGUGUUGUGUGUCUCUACUCAUGGUCGUUUCACUCAAGACAGUCGGCACUGUCUUCUGCGGAGGUUUGAAAAGCCAUCCUCAGCCUCGAUUCUGUACCCUGCCCGUGAUGGACAGCUGUCAUCCACACUUGCAGCUGCUUCCCAGCGGGGCAACCAUCUGGAUUGGAGACAGAGAAGACAGUCCAGUUUGUUCUCUGUCCAUGAGCCUCAGAGUGAUGGGACAGUGCUGAAAUUCCCUCAGACUGAAAUAAGUUUUACUCCAGAGGUGCCUCUCCCAGGUCGAUAUGUUGUUGUGGUCCAUUAUCAUCAACCUGAACACAUCUCUUUCCCAGUGGAAGUGCAUGUAAAUGCAGGGCAGGUUUGGAAGGGUGAGAUAAAUGCUACAUUCUGCCCGGCAGUGUCAGGUUGCAGGGAGGUUGUUGUUGCCGACGGCCGCAUCGCUCUUGACUUCUACAGGACUUCUCUGCAGCUACCCACCAUCUCUGUAACCGUGCCACAUGGGAAGACUCUUACUUUGGAUUAUAUUUUGCUGGUUCCUGAUAGCCAAUACACUCCAGAGCUCCUGCGAGAGAGGCCACUUGAUAAGUCUGCAGAUUUCAUAAAACAAUGCACCAGAGAAGGCUUCUAUAUAGAACCCACCACAUCAUCCCAGUUUUGCAGAGACUCAGCCCGCACUCUUGCAGCAGCUUACAAUGAUGGAGCCCUGCCUUGUGGCUGUGAUAAGUCUGGCUCUACAGGGAGUGUGUGUGAUCCAGUUGGAGGACAGUGUCCUUGCAGGGAGCACAUUAUAGGGCGGCAGUGCAACAAAUGUGCCACAGGAUACUACGGAUUUCCCUACUGCAAACCAUGUGAGUGUGGACGCCGCCUGUGUGACGAAGUGACUGGACGCUGCAUCUGUCCUCCUCAGACAGUGAAACCAAGCUGUGAUGUGUGUCAGCAACAAACUUUCAGCUACCACCCUUUGCUGGGCUGUGAGAACUGUGGGUGCUCUCCAAGCGGGGUGAACGUAAACGCUGGACUUCAGUGUGACAUUGUCUCUGGGCAGUGCAGCUGCAAACCUCGAAUCUCAGGCCGGCAGUGUGACCGCUGUGCUCCGGGUUAUUAUCGCUUUCCUGACUGUCUUCCCUGCAACUGCAACCCAGGAGGAGUCACAGCUGAUGUAUGCCACCCUGAUACAGGCAGGUGUCUUUGCAAGAAAAACGUCGUAGGUAUCAGGUGUAAUACUUGUCGGGAAGGUUCCUUCUACUUUGACCCAUCAAACCUCCUUGGCUGCUCCAGCUGCUUCUGUUUUGGAGCCACUGACCAGUGUGAGAGCUCUGAUAAACGGCGUGGAAAGUUUGUUGACAUGCAAGGCUGGCGAUUGGAAAGCCCUGACGGGGAGGAGGUUCCUUCAGUGCUGAAUGCAGUCAGUAACACAGCAGUGGCAGACAUUCAGGAGCUUCCUCCUACGGUUCAGACUCUACACUGGGUGGCGCCAAAGUCCUACCUGGGAGACAGAGUUUCAUCCUAUGGUGGCUUCCUCACCUACCAGUCCAAAUCAUUUGGGAUCCCGAGUGAAGGCAUGACACUCAUUGACAGACAAGCAGACGUUGUGCUGACUGGUCAGCACAUGAGCCUGAUCCACGUGACUUCACAGCUUCCCCUUCCAGACAAGCUGCACCAGGGAAGAGUCCAACUCUUGGAGGGAAACUGGCGUCACGCUAGCACCAACCGGCCUGUGUCCAGACAAGAGCUCAUGGUGGUCUUAGCAGGUCUGGUGGGCUUGAGGAUCCGAGCCCUGUACUUUACUCAGAGCCAACGACUCAGCUUGGGGGAGGUGGGUCUAGAAGAGGCCACUGACUCAGGGACCGGAGGUCCAGCAAAUACUGUGGAAGUCUGCUCCUGCCCCCCUGAGUACUCUGGAGAUUCCUGUCAGAAAUGUUUCCCUGGAUUCUACAGAGAGGGCAACGGACUGUACUUGGACCGUUGUUUGCCCUGUCAGUGCAACGGAUUGGCUGAAGAAUGUGAAGAUGUAACAGGGCGGUGCCUGAACUGCAAGAAAAACACAGCUGGGGACCGAUGUGAGCGUUGCAAAGAAGGUUACUUUGGGAGUGCAGCAGACGGAACAUGCAGAUUGUGCCCGUGCCCUUUUAGUGUACCCUCAAGCAGUUUUGCGGUAAGCUGUGGAGACGUGCUUGGAGACCAAUGUGUUUGCAAACCUGGCUACACUGGAUUGAUGUGUGAAAGGUGUGUAAUUCAGAAAAUACACAGAUGUGCUCCUGGUUAUUAUGGCGACCCACUGAAACCAGGAGGAAAUUGCCAGCCAUGUAACUGUAAUGGAAAUGGAAACAGCUGUGAUCCUAGGACUGGAGUCUGCAAGAACUCUCUGGAGCCAGGAGACACAAACACAGAUGAGCAAUGUCAAGAAUGUGAUAGUUGCGCUCAGACUUUGCUGAUUGACUUGGAAAAGCUCGACGUUGAGUUUGCAAGGAUCAAGGCUCAAUUGGACAAUGCCUCCGUCAGUGGAGCCUUAAAGGAAAGGCUGGACAAGCUAGAAAAGGCUGUGUCUGACACCAAGACUCUUGUCAACAAGUUCAGCACCACCAUUAGCAUGCAAAAGACCCAAGUCGACCAAGUUGAGAAAGAGACGGAAAAUCUUGGAGAUGAAAUAAAAUUGCUUAAAGACAAGGCUGAUAGGAGUGCCAGAGACGCUGACAAAGCAGUUGAAAGUGUUGAAGAAAGCAACAAAAGGGCAAAAGACCUGGAAAGAGAGAUUAAAAAAAUGCUUCAGAAAAUUGAAGAUUUGCUCAAUCAGUUGAAGAAUGAAGGUAGAGGUGAUUCAUUACCUGCUGAUAGUCUGAAUAAAAUGCUGGAGAAAGCGAAGGGCAUGGUGACGGAGAUGAAGAACAGAGACUUCACCACCCAGAAGACAGAUGCUGAGAAUGAACGAGAAGAGGCAAGAAAGUUGCUUGACAACAUCAAGAAUAAUGUUAGUGAGCAGUGCAACGAGAACGAGGCAGCAGCGGAGAAGAUCCAAAACCAGCUCAAGGAUUUCAAUUCCAAGCUGAAGGAUUUGGAGGAAGCUUUGGAAAAAGCAAAAAGCUUGGUGAAAAAGGCCAAUACUCAAAACACUGUGAAUGAUCAGGUGCUGAAAGACCUGGAGAAACGUAUUAAGGAUCUACAAGAGGAGCGGAAAACUGUAAAGAACCAGAUAGCUUUGGCUGAGGAUGAACUGAAGAAGACAAACGAUUUGGCUGAAAUGCUCUCAGACAGCAAGAAGGACUAUGAGCUGUUGGCUGCACAGCUGGAUGGAGCAAAGACUGAUUUGGCCAAGAAGGUGAACAACAUCACCAAGGCAGCAGCAAAUAAGGACAUUGUGGAGGCUGCAGAGGAGCAUGCAAAAAACCUAACCGAGCUGGCAAAGGAACUCGAAGAUGCUAUGAAGGACGCAAGUGGACUUUCUGAGGUGCGUGAUGCAAAGGAUGCUAUUGAGGCCUAUAAGAACAUUACAGAUGCCAUUAAUGCUGCGGAGGCUGCAGCUAAAGAGGCAAAAGAGGCUGCAGAUAGUACACAAAGUAGUGUAAACGAAGAAAAGCUUGUAGAUAAAGCCAAAGACCUAAAGAAGAAGAGCAAUGACCUUCUGAAAAGGGCCAAAGAGUCAGAGGCAGUCCUGACAGACGCUUCCACUGACCUCACUAACUUGAAGGAUCGUCUGGCCAAGGCAAAAGAAAAGAAAAACGAUCUUGAGCAAAACCUCCAGAAUAUUCAGAAAAACUUGGAAAAUACAAAAAGAGAUGACAUUAGGAAUAAAAUUGAGGAGGCCAAGAACAAAGCAGCUUUGGCCAACAAUACAGCUGCCAACACCAUGGACAAACUUAAUAAAAUUAGGAAGGACAUCGAGAAAAUCAAUGUGACUCCUGUUUCUGCCAAUCUGAGCAACACUCUCAAAGAUGUGGACCAGUCUGUAAAGGACUUGCUGAAAACAAUCCCAUCUCUGAACGAUAAGAUCUCAGAGGUUGAGAACCUGACCUCCCAGUUUUCAAACGUCAGUAACAUUUCUGAUAACAUAAAGAAGAUCAAAGAACUAAUUGAACAGGCCAGAGAUGCAGCUAAUAAGAUUAUGGUUCCCAUGAAUUUCGCUGGGGAUGGUCACAUAGAGAUGCGCACGCCGAAAGAUCUGGAUGAGCUGAAAGCCUACACAACUCUUUCCCUGGCGCUGCACAGACCCAAGGGCAGAGGAGACGGACGGCGCCGGCGCAGACAGGCUGAAGACAAAGAAAGCAUGUUUGUGUUGUACCUUGGUCACAGAGAUUCCUCUCAGAAUUACAUUGGUAUGGUGUUGAGGAAUAACCGCUUGUAUGGUCUGUAUAAGCUGAACGGAAAGGAGUAUGAGAUGGAGUCUGGUUUCAUUUCCACCUCUGACUCUGAGCAGGCUACAUUUGAUAAAGUAGACCUACACAGAAUUUAUCAAGACGCGCAGAUGAGUCUGACCAAGAGCAUAACCGGAACACCUGCUGCACCAAUUUUGAACGAGAUUCAAGGACAGGAGAAAAAGGACCUCCUGGACAUCAACCCUGAAGAUGUUGUUUUCUAUGUCGGAGGCUACCCAUCCACCUUUACUCCUCCUCCCUCCAUGAGAUUACCAAAAUACACAGGCUGCAUAGAGUUCUAUUCCGUUAACAGCAAGGCUGUCAGUCUCUACAACUUCCAAAAAGCAGAAAAGAUCAACAUCAACACUCCCUGCAAGAGAACUGUGACUUCAAACUCUGACUACUUCGAAGGCACCGGAUACGGGAAGGUGUACAUUAGCAAGAACCUGAAAAGAUUUGAUAUGUCAAUCAUUACACGCUCAGAAAAUGCUCUUCUCGCCUACUUAGGAGAUGAUAACAAUUACCUGACAAUAAUUAUAGAUAAGGGUAUUUUGGCUGUACGAGGUAACCUAAUCCCACAACAGGUUAACGACACAUCGAAAAUGUUCCCAGUAAAAGAUGCCACCAAUGUCAAAAUGAUUGUUGUAAAUAAUGAAAUGCUUGUGAUUAUAAAAGAACCACUUCGCGUCAGCAUAGCAAAAUACGACUUUGCCAAUUUUAAGGAAUUCUAUAUCGGUGGUGUAACACAGGAGCUGAGAGACAGAUGGGGCAUCACCACACCGCCUUUCAAAGGAUGUUUGAAAAGUUUAUCUCUAGCAGAAGGAUUUAAAAGUCUUGAUGAACGAGUGGGGAUCAGCAAACGCUGCUCUACAGACUUAUUGGGCUCAUUCAAAGCACAGUUAAGUUUGGGGGAUUCCUUAAAGAACUUAAAUGACUUAAAUAUGGAAAAUGACGUUACUGUGUCCCUCGGAUUCAAGAGCAUAGAGAGUGAGGGCAUCAUCAUGCAGAGCAAAAAACAGGCAAACCAGAUAAAUCUUGCAAUGGAAAAUGGCCAUUUGAUCCUGCGCUCCAGCGACACUAUGUGGAAAUCAAACAAACAGUACAACGAUGGAAAUUGGCACUAUGUGACCAUCACCAAAAGAGAGAAUAGAAUUUCACUGCAGAUUGAUGACAAGGACUAUGGUCAAGAACAAAGCGGCGCCACCACCCUACCAAACACAGAUGACUCUUUGUUGCUUGGAAAUACAAAAUUCAAAGGCUGCAUUUCCAACUUUUAUACUAGACGGCCAGAAAACAUAUACAAGCCUGAGGACUUAACCACCUUCGAGUCAUCUGGAGAGGUCCUGAUGGAUGUUUGCACCAUCAGUAAUCCUGUUCAACUGAUGAUGGACCGCUUCUCUAAAAAGGAAAAUGUGCAGCAAAUGAUGAAUGAAAGCGUGUUACCCUGUGAAGUCCCAGCACAGCUUCAGUAUGCAUAUCGCAUGGGAGGGCCAGUAAGCAGCCUGAGCUACAGCCUGCCAUUACAGGUCUUGCAGCCCAGGCCCCACUUCUCUCUAGAUGUCAGGACUCGAUCUCCAGAGGGUCUGCUGUUCUUUGCAGCCACCAGAGGAGGGCAAUCUCAUCUGGCAUUGUACAUGUCUAAGGGCAGGAUCCGACUGUCUGUGGGCAAACAGAAGGAGAUAUUUAACAGAGAGAAGUACAAUGAUGGAAAGUGGCACUCGGUCGUAUUCAGUUUGGAGAAGAAGAAAUUCAGGUUGGUCGUUGAUGGGAUCAGAGCUCAGGAUGGUCAACUGACAAACACUGAGUUGAAGUCCAUGCAGCAAUUCCUCCUACCUGUGUACCUGGGCAGUGCACCAGAAUCCCUUGAGAAAGAGUUAAAGUCAAAGGCUCUACCAAAGCAAAGUGUGUCCGGCUGCGUGCGUAAUUUUAAGAUGAAUGGAGCACCAAUGUCAAACCCAUCAGCAAACUAUGGUGCAGGACCCUGCUUUGAGGGACAGACACAGAGAGGGGUGUACUUUGCAGGAAUUGGAGCGCAUGUCAUCAUCAAUGACUCCUUUGUGUUUGGAUCUGAACUGGAACUGCUCUUUAGCAUACGUCCCCGCAAUCAGACCGGACUCCUGCUUUAUGUCGGUGAUUCGAACACAAACAACUAUGGAAACACGAUGAGCCACUUUCUCAGCAUUUAUAUGCUUAGAGGAGAGGUUGUGGCAAAGGUGAGCAACGGGAGAGGAGAAUACAUGACAUCAGUGAAGCCUAAAACUUCUUUAUGCGAUGGAAUGUUCCAUAAAAUUUCAGUAAUCAAAAGAAGAAAUGUUGUACAGCUAUCUGUGGACACAACGGACAACUACAAGAUAGGACCACAACCUUCCACCUUCCCUUUGACCAAAGUCCCCCUAUAUGUUGGUGGUAUUCCUGAAACAUUGAUGCAACAGGCGCUUCCUGUUAAAUCAUCCUUUGUGGGAUGUAUUCAAGACAUGAAGAUCAACGACGUAUCAGUCUCCUUUCACAGGUCAUCAAGUGUGUUUGGCCCCGUCAACCUCAAGGAGUGUCCAGGCUGAGCAACACACCUCACCGCAUUAUGACUGAACAAAGCUUGGGACCAUUUUGUUCACCCACUAUGUGCAAUCUGUUAAAAGACAGAGAAUGUGUCUGUGUGUGUUUCUGAAUGAGUGUGGGCAGGGGGGGAGAGGACAUGAGAUGUGAGUAGCAUAUUCACCUCACAGGAUCCUCUGUCAAACAUUUCUGUAUUUAUUUUGUGAUCAAACCAUGGCACCAAUUGUUGGACACAUUUUCCAACUGUAACACAAGUAGAUGCAUGUCUCCGUUGAUCAUUUGUCAACAACCAAAUGCUACUGAAAAGACUGGUGAUUGACUGAUGGGGGGAAUUCACUAUGAAGAACCCAGCACUUUAAGAGAACAGAGGUUGCCUUCUCAGAUGGUGCUGCAAUUGCAAUGAAGAUUACUAGCUUUGUUGUUGGAUUGUAGUUUUUCUUUUUUCAAAUUUUAUUCUAGAAAUAUUAUGUUUACACCUGCGGUGCUUGUCAUUGCUAUUUCAGGGGUCUCCAAGCUAUGAUGUAUUUAUUUCCACCAAUUGCAUGUAGAGUUCUGCUUUGUAACUGGUUUAAAACACACGUGUUCCUCACAUUUUACCUGAAUUUCCUUGCCAUUUUGCAUUCCUUUUUGCAUGUGCCUUUUGCUCACGUCAUGAAAGAGCAUGGUUUUUCAUUUCUGUUUAUUCGUUUUACCUGUUAAGUAACCUGUAAUUUGUGCCAUAAGCAUAGGUUUCAUAGCUUUGGUCAGUGAUAAAUUGGGACCAUUACCAAAGAGCUGAAUGCAAUUCAGCACAGAAGUAAAUGUAUUAAAGAUGCUUGAAAUUUCCCAGCAGGUGUUUACUUUUCUGUUUUUUUUACAUUCAUUCUACAAUUAUCGAGAAACAUGAUAAAAUGCAGUAUAAUUAGACGUAUUUGGACAUGCAUUCCUGCCUUAUAAUGACCGAUUUAUAAACGUGUUUGAUUGUUUUUUUUUUAUAGUUUGUGGCAAUAAAAGAUUUUUUGAUUUGUG